AUGGCAGCUAUGAUGGUCACUACCGCCACCAGCUGCCGCCGGAGUAGCAGCAAGGUCACAAUCACUGCAUUGCUUCUUAUGUUUAUGUUGUUGACGGUGUCCGCGGUGCCGGACCGGGUCGGAAAAGUCAAUGUACACUCGAUCCUGGACUCUGCCAUUUCAAGGCCAUUCUUGAAAUGUAGCAACCAU